GGCUGCAGGCAGCACCAUCGAAAAAAAGAAUGAUCACGGGCCGAGAACGCAUUCUAUCGUACCGUACGGAGGCGUUUCUGAGCAUUGCAGCAGCAAUUCGAGCAUAAGGACGGUAGCAUUACUAUCAGCAACAAUGGCAACCCCCUUUUCAGUUCCGUUCGUAGUUUCCAAUCCCGAUUCAUGGGGUCCUCCGCCUCCCGGGGCCGACGAAGGCAAUCCAAACGGUCCCCCUAGCUCCACCAAGUUUCCGGACUUGCCGUACUCCCCGUUUGGACGAAGCGACCGCCUGGGACGAGCCGCUGAUUUCACGAACAUCAGUCGCGGAGACCGAAGCCGAUUCAAUCGACACGGCCGCUACGACAAGAACGAUCGCAACGACCGUCGCAGCAAAAACGACAACGACAGCGAGGAUGAAGGCGAAGACUUUCAACUGGUCGAUACGAGCAAAGCAACAACCCAGAAACGGUUCGUGCCUCCCGCAGCGAAGCGCCGGCAACACACUGCCAGAUUGCGACAGGUCAACGCCCGACGACAGAACCAAGGAGGACCGUCAUUCUCCCUCUCGAAACAAGAAGGUUUCGGUGGGCGAGGACGUGGUGCCGGAGGCCGCGGAGGCAGAGGUGGACGCGGAGGAAGAGGCAGGGGCCGCGGAGGAAGAGGGUACAACAACAACCGCAUCGAUCGCCAACCGUCUGUUGCCGUACAGCCCGAUUGGGUCAAGGUCGAAGAACUCGAUCUCGCAAAAGUCACAAAGAAUUUGUCUGGAACCAGCAGCUCCGAUUCCAAAAAGUCGAAGAAGGCCCUGGAGGAGUCGAUUCCCACGCCACAGGAUGUUUUGUGGUGUGGUUUCCUCGAUCAAUACAACGACGCCUACGACAAGGUCACCGCUCGACAACCCGCACCCCUCAAGCGCAUGGCAACGAAGGAAUUUUAUCCCGUUACUACCACGGACGAUCCCGUUCUGGAGAAGUUGGCCGUCGAUGGAAUCGGUGGUGCCGGAGAGGGUGACAAGAGAAGCAUCUUUGUUACCGACAAUAUCUUGGCUCACCUGAUGACGUGUAGCCGAUCCGUCUAUCCCUGGGACUUGGUCAUCCAGAAAACCGCCGGUGGGCUUUUGUUCUUGGACAAGCGUGACAACAGUCAGCUCGAUUACUUGACGGUAUGGGAAACCGCAUACAAUGCUCCUCAACCCGCCAAAGAAGGCGAAGAUGCUAGCGCCAACAUCAACACCCCGGAGCGACUCGGUUUGGAAGCAACCACCAUCAACCAGAACUUUUCGCAACAGAUUUUGAAGAAGUCUGGCCGAAAAAACAUGGACUUGCCCAAUCCCUUCUUCGACGAAGACGACGCCGAUGGAAUGGAACCCGCCUCCGUCGCAUACCGUUACCGUAAAUUUGCUCUGGACGAGAACACGACGCUCGUGUGUCGUACCGAACUCCACGGUCUCGUCAAAAAGACGCAGUACAUGACAGCAUUCGCACUCAACGAGUACAUUCCACCGCCCCAGAAUGGAAUGCCAUCCGCCGCCCAAACGAAAACCUGGUAAGUUGCAACGAAAUUAUGAGAACCGUCGUUUUUUCAACAUGAAGAAGUUUUGUUGUGCGGAUUCGCAGUGAAUUGCAAUUGAAAGCACACGAAUGCGAACGACUCACCCAUGAAUUCUGGAUUACCUCGACUUUGUUGUUCUAUUUGGCAAUCAAUUUCUUUCGUGAUUCGAUUCCCUCGUCUCAACCCGUUCCAUUUUGGAUGCCAAUCACAGGCGUGACACAAUCGAUUCGUCGCGUGGUUCCGUCUUGGCGAACGAACUCAAGAACAAUUCUUUCAAGCUUGCUAAGUGGACUGCCCAGUCUCUCUUGGCCGGAGCCGAUCAGAUGAAGAUUGGUUUCUGCUCUCGAGGCAACCCCAAGAGCGCAUACGAGCACGUCAUUCUAGCUACUCAGUUUUAUCGUCCGAAGGACUUUGCCCAACAAAUCACUCUGAACGAAUCACAAAUGUGGGCUAUGCUCCGCAUGUUUGUGGCAAUGUUCGCCAAGCAAGAGGAAGGAAAGUACGUGCUUAUGCGAGACCCAAACAAGGCUGUCUUGACCAUGUACAAGGUUCCACAGGAGACCUUCGAAGAAGACGAGUAAACCCCCGUGUUUAUAUGCAUCCGGGAUCGCAGUUUGUCCCACUUAGUCGCCACCAGGAGUUAGAACUACCAUUUUUAUUGCUGGCAUCUACUUUGGUCAAAAAAACACAAUUGAUUAAAAAAAAGUAGUAAAAGUUUAGUAAUUGA